AUGUUGAAAAUAAGUGAACAACGUUAUAUACCCAAAAAAAAAGUUCGAGAACUUUAUUCGAAACAAGAGUUAGUUGGUAGAGGAGCUUAUGGAGCGGUUUAUAAAGGAAUAAAUAAUGAAACAAAUCAAGUGGUAGCAAUCAAAGUAUUAAAUUUGGAUACAGAAGAGGAUGAUGUGGGUGAUAUUAUAAAAGAAAUUAAUUUACUUUCACAACUUAAACAUAGUGAUUCACAAAAUAUAACGAGAUAUUAUGGUAGUUUUCUUCAUGGUACUAAAUUAUGGAUUAUUAUGGAAUAUGCUGCUGGUGGGAGUAUAAGAACUUUGUUAAAAGCAGGUAAAAUAGAUGAAAAAUAUAUAUCCAUAAUUACUAAAGAAGUUUUACAGGCUUUGAGUUAUUUACAUAAAUGUAAAAUUAUUCAUCGAGAUAUCAAAGCGGCAAAUAUUUUAUUGACGGCAGAAGGAAAAGUACAACUUUGUGAUUUUGGUGUAGCAGGACAAUUAACAGCUUCUUCGGCUAAACGUACUUCAUUUGUUGGGACACCUUAUUGGAUGGCACCGGAAGUAAUUACCGAAGGAAUUACAGUAUAUGAAAUAGCUACAGGAAAUCCUCCAUAUCAUGAUUUAAGUGCAAUGAGAGCAAUUCAAUUAAUACCCAGAAAUCCACCUGCAACUUUAGAAGGUCCAUUUUCAGCUCUAAUCAAAGAAUUUGUGGCAACUUGUCUUAAUGAAAUUCCGGAAGAGAGACCUACAGCUGAUGAAUUGAUGAAAAACAAAUUCAUAAAAUUUGCUUCGAAACAUCAAAAUGGAAUUCUACGUGAUCUUAUUGUAAGAUUUGAGCAAUGGAAACAGACAACUGGAUAUCGUCAAUCCUUUUCUGAUCCAUAUGGAACUCCUUCAAGUGAAAAUGAUUCCCGUAAAUUUGAGGAAGGAAAAAAACAAGAGGAGAUUACGUGGGUUUUUGAUACGGUACAGAAUACUGUUACGCAUCAUAAAACAGUUUUGGUUAAAGAUGCAACAUUUAGAUAUGAUUCAUCACAUAAUCCUUCAAUUACUAUACCAUCAGUAAAUGCUAUUAGUUUAAUGCCUACUAUGGAAGAUUCACCUUCAAGAACUGUAGUAAAUUAUCAAGAUCAAUAUUUUACACCACAAUCCAAUAAACUUAAAGAAAAUGGAUCUGAUCAUAAUUCUUUCUCAUCUUCAUUAAAUGAUAUGUCAACUACAACAACUUUAAACGAUGGUCCUGCAACAAUUGAAAUUAUUCCUCCAACCAAAGAUUCAAAU